GCUUCAAUCAGAAACCUAGCUUCGGCGCGGAUACCUGACCUGGCCCGAGAGAUUCCUGAGCGCUAUCCAGCUUCCUAUCUUUCUUUCUCCGAGUGUUGAGUGUAGUUGACCAGUCAGACAGUGCAGGCUAGUCAGGCUCUUGAAAGGCUCCGUCGCAUCCACCGGUACCGACGCUAGUGACGCUUGAACAACCAACAAACGUACCGCAAGCAAACAAUAGAGGCUCGUGGCAGUGAGUGAGUGUUCGUCGAGAGAGUCUGUGAGUUGAAUCGUGCGCGUGUGGAAUUGUGUCGUCGCUGCUGUCGUCAUCAUCGUUGCUGAUCUAGUUCAAACUAGCCCUCACUGGGAACACCUGGCCUGGCCUGACCGUUGGCGCUAUCAUCGAUUGGUUUGUCGAUUUAUAAAAAAAGCUCUCGCUCGCUCGCUCUACUAGUUGCAAAGUCACCUUCGGUCACCAAGGGAAGGCAGCGACGCGAUCCAGCAGAAAGCAAAGAAGGCUUCGCCAAUACCAAGAAAGGUUCUUGAUGGACGUGUGUGCGUUUGCGUUUGAUUGAUCAUCGCAUCAUCAUCGUUCGCUCAUCGUCCUCGUUGUCCUCGUUGCCCUAGCCAGCUAGCUAGCCGAUAGGCGAACAAAAGCGAGGCAGUGCGAUCCAGCAGCAGCAUCAUCAUCGUCGUUGUCGUCGUUGGCGCCACGAGAUUAACCGUUUAAUGUUCGCCAGCCGGACCACCACCAUCACCACCACGACCACCACCGUUGACCCGAAGGAUCGAAGGAAGGAAGGAUCGGGCCUCCACGAGCUGGCUACCGGCGGUUGUGCUAUUCUUGGCUCCCGCUCGCUUAUCACCAUCAGCGGUGUUACAAUUGUGGAACGAUUAAGCGGCCGCCAUCGCUGGUAAAGUGCGACAUUACCGGCCAUCAUCCGGCUACACAUUUCCAGCGACAACGACACAAUCUCAGGGCCGUCGUCGGUAGUCGUGUGUCGUUUUUUUUCUUCUUCUCCUUCGAGUAAUCCAAGCAAGCAGCUCGAGCAGCCUACUAGGACUUGUGAGAGCGACAGCGAAGCAGAAGAAGUAGAACACGCUGAGCCGCCUCGCAAGCAGCGCUACGAAGACGACGACGUAGUAGUCGACGGCGACGUGCAGCACAGCCGACCAUAUGUUGUGUUUCGGCGAAAAGGUGAACCUAUCGGAAUUGAUGUUGCUGAAUGUGUUGAUAAAACAUCUCAUAAACUCGAACAUUACAUAACACCCCGGUGCGUGCGUGCGUGCGUGCGUGCGGUGCGUACUAAGAGUGAGUUUUUUUUUUGUCUGAAAAGCGUGUAUUUUGUGGCGACAGCCAAUACACGACACACACAGAAACGCAGGAGGCGGAGGAGACGAUCGUAGAACGGGAAACGGCCCGUCCCAGCAAACCGAAGAGAGAACCGAGCGAAAGGUGCAAAGACGCAAGUCUCCCCGAGGAACGAGGAAAAGCUCUCGCCUCAUCCGAGGAAACAAAGAAAGACAAAGAUUGUGGUUGCCAAGGUGUGCGGUGACUUGGCGGAUCGAGCGCGAUUCCAAAACGCGCCAAACGCGCACACUGGUCCGCGGGACCCCCCUCCCCCGAAAAACGAACGACCGACGCGAUCUCCUCUGGCAGUGGCGGUGGCAGAGGCAGCGGAGUGAUUUCUGUGGUCGUGCGGGGUGCGGUAACACACUCGCAGCAGCAGCAGCAGCAGCAGCAGCAGUGGCAGAGGCAGUGGCAGUAGCAGCAGUAGACCGUCGCCAGCAUCCACGUGGCAGGAAGAACGCUCCAUUGGAAGCAUAUUAGAGAGAGAGGAAGGUGAAAUCAGCCAACAAGAGGAGGUCCACGGAUACCAAAAGACCGCACCGUCCACCGGUGACAAAGAAAGCUCAAGGGAGAGCUCGAUCAAACGUGCAAACUCUGUGGCAGAUUGGCACAGCAGCGCAGAGGAGCAGGCAGCGGAGUAUAACGUAGCGGAACGGUACGGGAACGAACGAAGAUCGUGGAUCGUGAGGAGAGUCAUUACUGUCGCGCAAUUUUCCCUAUCACCGCGGCCCGAUCGAAGGCACACGAACGUGGAGUGAGCGGAAAGCUGAUCACGACGACACCCAGCCGGGAAACCGUAGGAAACAGAUCCGCCUCUCGAUCAUCUCGAUCCAGUAGCAGCGCCAGCAGUAGCAUCGCCAGCAGCAGCAGCAGCAGCAGCACCAGUUGCGGCAACUCUAUCCCUGUAACGGGCGGAAACAAAAGAAGAAACGUUAACGCGUGCGUCACGAAAGAAAUAGUAACAGCAAGAAUGAAUCGCGAUCAUCUGUUCAUCGUCGUAGUGGCGCUAGCUGUGGCCCUGCUGACGGGUCAUUGUAGUGGUCGGGCCGUAGAGUUGGAUGCUGAUGGAGGCUCGAUCGCUGCGGCAUCGGAUACCGCCGGUUCGCCAUCGUCCUCCUCGUCGUUAGGUAUCCGCGCCGCAGAGCCUGGUCGUGCGACGAAACCAACGUUUGUGAAGAUCACCACCCCACCGCCGGCACGUGUCGCUCAGAUCCGAGGUACGACCGUCGAGCUGGAGUGCGAAAUCGUUGGUUCGCCCACCCCUAGCGUCCAGUGGGUGCACGGAAGUGGACAAACGGCCGAUUGGGAAGACAUCAGCGUGAAUGUUAUCACGGAGGAAACGCCAACCUCGGUGGCCCGUGUGGUGAGCCGGCUGGUGAUUGAUCGAUCAUCGCGUGCCUCGCAGACGACGUACACGUGCAUUGGUCGCUCCGCUGGUCAGCUGGCGAUGGCUUCGACCGUCGUCUAUCACAUCGAUGCCGCCGCCGGAUCGCGGUUGGGUAACUUCUCCGAUCUGAUGUUGUUGCGUCCGGUGGGCGCCGGUGUUACCUCGCCGACGCACUCGUUCAUGAACCUCAAGAACGCCCGGAUAACGCUUCACUACAAGACGCUGUUCGAGAACAUGGGCUCGACAGUGGUGUUGCCGUGUAAGGCAGUUGGACGGCCGGUGCCCGAAAUUACCUGGCUCAACGAGGACGGUAGCGUGGUGGGUAGCCUGCAGGAUCCGCGGCUCCGUACACUGCCGACGGGCGAGCUGAUCAUCACCGGCCUGCGGUGGACCGAUAUGGGUACCUACACGUGCGUGGCCAAGAACGCAAUCUCGAAAGAUGAGGCAGAAACCUUCAUCUAUCCGGUACGACCCAAUUAAGCGCUAGUGCGCAAUCGUCAGGGCCUUACACAGGUACAGUGUAGCAGCAAGGUCCCACCACCUAUACCUAUACCGACACACAUACACAAAACACACGCCGGUACAUCGCCUGUCUAGCGCAGGUUCGAUGGUCGAAAAUACGUAUCUCUGCUUGUAGUCUCCUGUAUGUAAGCGAUGUUCCCUGCUCGAUCGGUGGCCCACACCCCGUUGGUCACUUGGGAAAGGGCACAACACAUAUAAUAGAAAGGAGAAAAACCCUCUUAUGCCAUUUACUUAACUUAUUUGAAGUGGAAACCCGCAUAGUUUUUACCAAUUGCAUAAUCGUAAUUACUGAAGAAAUAAAAACAAACAAAAGGAAUUCGAUUGACGCGCCUGCAUUCGCAACGUCCUUGCAAAUGGCAGCUCCUACAAACAGCCCUUCCUUUGAAAAUGCGGAUUAUUUGCUAUCUCACAUAGAGUAUUUGAAUAUUUGAAACGUACGCAACGUACAUGUCUCUCGUAAGUUAUUUGCCUAGAAAGUGCAAAACAAAAACGUGGGGAGGAUUUCUUUCCUUCCCCGCAGGAACUAGGAAAAGGCGCUCUCUCUAGAAUGUUCGCAGGACAUCCGGGCUUAUCGCCAAAGUGCUUCUGAACGGAUUUCUAAACCAUCUACGUCUACAUCAUGUAUCUAGUAUUUAAUUAAACCCCCUCUCCCAUUAAUGAUAAAAGCAUGACGCACCGUGCAGUGAGCCGCAGAAGAUGAGCAGCUAGGCAGGAAGGAAAGGAAUUUAGGGGAUGUCACUGCAAACUUAAAAGCGAAACAGUGUAGGCCUUUUAGUUGUGUAAAUAAGAUACUACCACAGCUGCCGGUGGUGGUAACCGCUGUGCUGCAUCCGGCACGGCCUCACUAACAAGUACUUCAUGCAGUACGAUAUGGAGCAGCGGUUUCAGCUAACUGUAAGGCGCUACUGGCCUGAAGUGAUACGGACGUCUUGCGGCCAAAGAACAGUAUGAAUUACGAUAAGGAACAACUUGAUUGAAUUGAUCAAUAAAAUGUCUGUUAAAGAAAAGCAUCAA